AUGGAACCCGACAGGCUCCCGAAUGACCUGGGGAGCAACGACGGGGCCCUCAGCUCAGACGCGCCGCGCCGGCAGUUCCGGCACUUCAGCUUCAAGGAGGCCUCGGGACCGCGGGCGGCGUACAGGAGGCUCCGGGAACUUUGCCGCCAGUGGCUGAAGCCUGAAACGCACACCAAGGAGCGGAUCCUGGAGCUGGUGAUCUUAGAGCAGUUCCUGGCCAUCCUACCCCAGGAGAUGCAAAUUUGGGUGAAGGAGCGUGAAUCCGAAAGCUGUUUCCACGCGGUGACGCUGGCGGAGGGUUUUCUCUUGAAGCAGCAAGAGGCCGAGAGGCGGGAAGAGCAGGCGCCUGGGGACAGGAUCAGAGAGGUGCCUGCGGAAUUCCCAACGGAAGCGGCAGCCCCAUUGGUUAAUGCGCCCAGCCGAGUUAAGCGAGAGGAUGGAGGGGAUGCCAGUUUGCUAGGUGAUACGCAGCAGAAUGAGAGGAAGAGGGAGCCGUGCGUGAUGUCAUUGGAAGGAGCCAAGCAACACAUGUCAGAAGAAAAUGGCAGGCCUCUGAAUGGACCAGACUGGCAGGAGGGAAGCCAAACAGAAGAACUGAAGAAUAAAUCUGCUGCAUCAUGCCUCAAUGGCAGCAACCCUUAUGAAACCUCAAUCCAGGAAAGGGUGCAGCAAGGAAAGAUGAGUUGUGGUGGACAGCGGAGUGAGAACGUGGGGGAGCCACGUUGGGUGUCACAGGGUGGAGUCACACAGCCCGGGGUGGAAGAACACAACGUGACUCCAGAUGGGCCAAAACAGCAGGACGGAAACGAAACCGAGGGAUGGAGACACGAACCCUCUGUUUGUCAAGCCGGCAGCUCCCAUGAAAACUCAUCCCAGCAAAAAGCCCACGAAGGAAAGAGACGGAAUAAAUGCGCGGUGUGCGGGAAAACCUUCAGGCAUUACUCCAACCUUAGCAGGCAUCAGAAAAUCCACACGGGAGAGAAACCUUUCAAAUGCACGGUAUGUGGGAAAAGCUUCUAUCAGAAGCAGCAUCUUAAGAGUCACCAGGGGACCCACUCAGGAGAGAAACCGUACGAAUGCACCAUAUGCGGGAAAAGAUUCUGUCAGAGGCAGCAUCUGAAGAACCAUCAGGGUAUCCAUACGGGAGAAAAGCCCUACGAGUGCGCCGACUGUGGGAAAAGAUUCCGCCGGCGGUCGGAGCUUAAUAGCCACCGGAAAAUCCACACGGGAGAGAAACCACACAAAUGCCUGCACUGCGGGAAGAGCUUCAAUCGGAACACGAACCUCGUUUCGCACCAGAGGAUCCACACGGGGGAGAAGCCGUACAAAUGCUCGGAGUGCGGCAAGAGCUUUUGCGUCAAGUCGGGCCUCAAUACGCACCGGAGGAUUCACACCGGGGAGAAGCCGUAUAAAUGCUCUGUGUGCGGGAAAAGCUUCUGUCAGAGCCCGAAUCUGAUUAAACACCAGAGGACCCACACGGGGGAGAAGCCGUACAAGUGCCCCGACUGCGGCCGGAGCUUCCACCAGAGUUCGGAUCUCGUCAAGCACGAGCGCAUCCACACGGGGGAGAAGCCCUACCAGUGCUCCGUGUGCGAGAAGCGCUUCAACCAGCGCUCCUACCUCAUCGUGCACGAGCGGUUCCACAAGGCCGAGAAGCCGUACAAAUGCUACCUGUGCGGAAAAAGCUUCUGCUCCAAUUCCCACCUCAUGACCCACCAGAGGACCCACACGGGCGAGAGGCCCUACCAGUGCCCCGACUGCGGCAAACGCUUCACCACCAGCUCGAACUUCGUCAACCACAAGAAGACGCACACGGAGGAGAAGCCGUACAACUGCUCCCUCUGCACCAAGAGCUUCAAGCGGAGCUCCAACCUGAUCCAGCACGAACGGACCCACACGGGCGAGAAGCCCUACAUGUGCCUGACCUGCGGGGAGGGCUUCGCCUCCAACUCGGGCCUCGUGAAGCACCAGCGGAGCCACACGGGCGAGAGGCCCUACAAGUGCUCGUACUGCGGCAAAAGCUUCAGCCAGAGCGUGAUCCUCACGCAGCACGAGCGGACCCACACGGGCGAGAAGCCGUGCAAAUGCCCCGCCUGCGGCAAGAGCUUCCGUUCCAGCUCAGACCUCAUCAAGCACAAAAGGACCCACACGGGCGAGAAGCCCUACAAGUGCUCCCUGUGCGGGAAAAGCUUCACCACCAGCUCGGACGUGGUGAAGCACGAGCGGACCCACACGGGCGAGAAGCCCUACAAGUGCGGCACCUGCGGGAAAAGCUUCAGCCAGAGCGCCCAUCUCAUGCAGCACCAGAGGAUCCACACGGGAGAGAAGCCCUACACCUGCCUGACCUGUGGCCGCUGCUUCACUUGCAGCGCCCAGCUGGUGGUCCAUAAAAGAACCCACAAACCCGGGGAGGCCUUAAAAGUGUAGCCUAACUGGUCGGGGUCUGUGUGUGUCCCUGCGUCCGUGCGUCGGGGGAGACUGUACCGCUUGGUCUGAUGUAGCUAAGCGCCAGAGAUUCCACACAAAGAGAAGCCUUCAGAGCGUUCGGUGCAGCAGCCAAAGCAGACUUUUGUCAAACUAGGGUGACCCUAUGGAAAGGAGGACAGGGCUCCUGUAUCUUUAACAGUAGGGUGACCCUAUGGAGAGGAGGACAGGGCUCCUGUAUCUUUAACAGUAGGGUGACCCUAUGGAGAGGAGGACAGGGCUCCUGUAUCUUUAACAGUAGGGUGACCCUAUGGAAAAGGAGGACAGGGCUCCUGUAUCUUUAACGGUAGGGUGACCCUAUGGAAAAGGAGAACAGGGCUCCUGUAUCUUUAACGGUAGGGUGUCUGCAUGGAAAAGGAGAACAGGGCUCCUGUAUCUUUGACAGUAGGGUGACCCUGUGGAAAAGGAGGACAGGGCUCCUGUAUCUUUGACAGUAGGGUGACCCUAUGGAAAGGAGGACAGGGCUCCUGUAUCUUUGACAGUAGGGUGACCCUAUGGAAAGGAGGACAGGGCUCCUGUAUCUUUAGCAGUAGGGUGACCCUAUGGAAAGGAGGACAGGGCUCCUGUAUCUUUAGCAGUAGGGUGACCCUAUGGAAAGGAGGACAGGGCUCCUGUAUCUUUAACAGUAGGGUGACCCUAUGGAAAGGAGGACAGGGCUCCUGUAUCUUUAGCAGUAGGGUGACCCUAUGGAAAGGAGGACAGGGCUCCUGUAUCUUUAGCAGUAGGGUGACCCUAUGGAAAGGAGGACAGGGCUCCUGUAUCUUUAGCAGUAGGGUGACCCUAUGGAAAGGAGGACAGGGCUCCUGUAUCUUUAACAGUAGGGUGACCCUAUGGAAAGGAGGACAGGGCUCCUGUAUCUUUAGCAGUAGGGUGACCCUAUGGAAAGGAGGACAGGGCUCCUGUAUCUUUAGCAGUAGGAUGACCCUAUGGAAAGGAGGACAGGGCUCCUGUAUCUUUAACAGUAGGGUGUCUGUAUGGAAAGGAGGACAGGGCUCUUGUAUCUUUAACAGUAGGGUGACCCUAUGGAAAAGAGGACAGGGCUCCCGUAUCUGUAACAGUGGUAUUGAAAAGGGAAUUUCAGCAGGUGUCCUUUGUAGGCGUGCAGCACCCGGUGGAAUUCCCUCUUCGUCACAACCGUUAAAGCUGCAGGAGCCCUGCCUAGCGUGACCAGCUACAAAAGAGGGCAGGGCUCCUGCAGCUCGAAUAGUUGGGAUGAGGAGGGAAUUUCACCAGGGGCUGCAUGCCUACAAAGGACAUCUGCUGAAACUCCCUUUUCAAUACAGCUGUCCAGUCUUCCUUUUCCAUACAGACACCCUAGCACUGAAGCAUCAUUAGAACCCAUUUUAGAGUGGAGUGAGAGACGACAACAACAACAACAACAACAACAACAAAAAGGCUUAGAGAUCAGUCCUAUGAGGAUGGCCGUAAGCCUCCGAACCCAGAGGGUUACGGACAUCCAGUGCAGAAUGGAAGGAGCAGCAGAGGCGAUUUUAGUCUCCAUGGUUCUCCAGUUCUGCAUUUCAGCUAGACUGUCUCUUUUUUUUUGCCCUUCUAGCUAAUGCAUCAGGGAGGGGGAGCGAAGGCAGCUGGAGAGGCUGAAGGAUUCCUCGUGAACUGUCCCCCCCUCUCCCCACCCACAGGCCUGCCCCUUUCUCUCUUCCCUGAGGUCUGCAGGGGGGAGAGGCGGGGAAAUUCGGGCUCUUGACUCCGAGGUUGAAAUGCUGGCUCCGACCUCGGAUCCAGGAAUCUGCCUUGCCCUGUGGCCUCCCAGAUGCUGUCUAGAGGCCAUAGGAUUGCUUUCCCCGACUGAAAUCCGGCACCCACUUACCUGGGAGUAAGUCCCAUUGGACUCAAUGAAGCUUCCUUUUGAGUAGGCAUGUACGGAGUUCGUUAAAGCCAUUCUGUCUGUGCUUCGCAGAUUGAUCUGCUGCGCCUUUCGUUCUUGUGACCCCUCAUUGACAGAAUUAGGAGGGGGUGUUCAUGAAUUUUGAACCUUCAGAAAUGAUCACUUGCCCAAAUCCACCCCCCCCCCAAAAAAAAAUUAUUUUAAAAGAAAUAGUUCGCAGAAUCCACGCGACUUGGAAAAAGCCAGCCUCUGUGGAACC